CUCUAUAAAUGCAGUCGCCCGCUCACCUUCUCAUCAUCGUCGUUUGCCCUUCUUUCUUCGAUCGACUUAGAGAGGAGUUUUUGUUAUCCUUUUUCCAGAAAAUGUCUUGCUGUGGAGGGAACUGCGGCUGUGGAUCUGGCUGCCAGUGCGGCAGCGGCUGCGGAGGAUGCAAGAUGUAUCCAGACCUAAGCUACUCUGAGAAGACUACCACUGAGACCCUUAUUGCUGGAGUUGCACCCCAGAAGGGACACUUCGAAGGAUCUGAGAUGGGCGUGGCAGCUGAGGACAAUGGUUGCAAGUGUGGACCCACCUGCAGCUGCAACCCUUGCAACUGCAAAUGAGAGCCUGAUCAAUCAUCAGCCUUCCGUGGGAGCAUCAAGCAGGGAUGGUCUUUCCGGCUGUCCCUGUUAGAAUAAUAGAUAAUGCAUCAUAAUAUAUGUUAGUAGUAGAGUUGUGUUUGUUUUGGUGGGUUUUGGGCUGCUUCAUGUGCUGAAGAGCUCCUCUUCUAGCUCAAAAUAAAGUAGCCAUGGUUUCAUGGUUUUGCUUC